GCUCUGCGUCUGUGCAGCCGUGCACUUGGCUGCCCUGUGGGAAAAGAGGCCAUGGCCCCUGACGAAAGAGUCGAGGACAUCCACCUUCUUCGCGGACAGUAUUGGCUGACUAGAGUUGUCUUCCUCCGAUGCCUCGGAUUUGUCUACGCGGCUGCGUUCUUUUCGGCGUUGCGGGAUAACGGUGCCCUGCUCGGCGAGGACGGGCUGCUGCCUGCAACAAGGUUCAUGUCAAGAUUGGAGCACCAUUUCGCCGCCCUUGCGCCUUUGGAAAAAGUGCUCAAGGUACCCACAGUGUUUUGGUUCACUCCGCCGACGGCGGAGCACCUGUGGUGGGCGGCCGCCACCGGCGCGGUGGUUUCGUGUUUUGUGGCCUUGAGAGGGGCGGCGAAUUUCCCGGCGAUGGCUCUGCUCUGGGCGCUUUACCACUCCCUGGUGAACGUGGGCCAGACCUGGUAUUCGUUCGGGUGGGAGUCCCAGCUGCUGGAGACGGGCUUCCUGGCCAUGUUCCUCGUGCCGUGGCUCAGCCUGUCCCGCUUCCCCGCGGGAUCACCCACCUCCCCGGUCUGCGUGUGGGGCUACCGCUGGCUUCUGUUUCGGAUCAUGCUUGGAGCGGGACUGAUCAAGGUCCGGGGCGACGCCUGCUGGUGGGACCUGACGUGCAUGGAGCACCACUACCAGACCCAGCCGAACCCCAACCCGCUCUCCUGGUACCUGCAUCACCUGCCUAGCGCGGAAUGGCACAAGGCGGAAGUGGUUGUAAACCACAUCGUGGAGCUGGUGCUGCCGUGGUGUCUUCUCCUCAGCCGAAGCCCGCGCUGCGUCGCGGGAUCGAUCCAGAUCUUGUUCCAAGCGGUGUUGGUGGCGUCCGGGAACCUGUCUUUCCUCAACUGGCUGACGGCGGUGCCCGCAGUCUUCUCCUUCGACGACCUACACCUCGCAAGGCUCUUCCCCCGGCCGGUGCUCCGGCGACUCGUGCGCGGCCUUGCGGCGAGGGCGGCGGUGGCGACGCCGACGUCGACACAGGGGAAAGGGGUCGGGGGAGGGGAGGUAGCUGCGGUAACGAGUGCUGUGUCCGCGGGACCUUCUGCAAGGAAAGGGGAUGUUGUGAAGGAGGGUGGUGGUGGGAGCACCAGCGGAGAUGGCGGCGGAGAGCGGGGUGGAGACGGAACGGCCGUGGGUUCGGGUUCGGGUUCGGGUUCUCGUCCCGCUCUCCGUUCUCGGCCUGGGAUUGCUCGCACAGAGUCCACGCCUCAGUGGUCGUCUGAGUCGGAAGAAGAAGAAGAAGAUGAAGAAGAGAGCGAAGGCGGCAACAACAAUGCUGACGACGACACCGACGGCAUCCCAAGGGCGGCAGCGAUAGCCAGCAAGCUCGCCGGCAGCAGCGGUCGCGGCCCGCGGGACUCGUUCCACGGCCUCCGCUUCCGGGGGCAGGGAGGGCCGGAAAAGCUGCCGCGGUCGCCGCCGCCGUCGCUAUCGCCGUCGCCGGCUCCUGCCGCCAGCUGUCGGGGUGGCGCCGUAGUCUCCGCCGCAGCCGCCGCAGCCGCCGCCGCCCCCGCCUCUUCUGAGGGUGCGAAUGCCGCCGCCGUUUCCUCUGCCGACCUUGGAGGGUGUGGUUCUUUGUGGAGCGCGAGGUGUUGGAGAGCCCUGCGCGGGGCGCGGCGGGCGUUGAGGUGGGCGGCGGACGGCUUGGUCGUUGUGCUGGUCGUGAAGGGAAGCGUACCCGUGGUUAAGAACAUGGCCGGCGUGGGCGGGGGGCAGAGGAUGAACAGCAGCUUCGACAGCCUGCGUAUCGUCAACUCCUACGGAAAUUUCGGGAGCGUGACAAAGACGAGGGGAGAGGUGGUCCUCAAGGGCACCCGGCACCCCAACCCUCUCGACCCGAUGGCGGAGUGGAAAGAAUACAGCAAGUGCAAACCUGGGGAUGUUGACCGGCGGCCGUGCGUAAUCAGCCCGCUCCACUACCGCCUUGACUGGCAAGUGUGGUUCGCGGCUUUCCAGACCUACAGGCACAACCCGUGGCUGGUAAACCUCGUGUCGAAGCUCUUGAGCAGAGAAGACAAGACCAGGGCUCUCGUGGGAUCACUGCUGGACUACGACCCGUUCUCUGACGGUUCGGGGAUCGAUGGCGAAGAAGACGGCGGCCGGCGUCCCCUGUUCAUCAAGGCGGAUCUCUACCUGUACGAGUUCACCCCCCCGCGGGGCUGGUUUGCCGGCACGCCCGCCUCGACGACGCCAGAGGCCCAAGAAAGGAGCGGCAGCCACGAAGACGGGGACGGCGACCAACAAACGACUCGCGUUAGGGAGACGACCUCGUCAUCAUCAUCAUCAUCAUCUUCCACGGCCUUGGGCGGCGGCGACGACGAUGGGCGAGAGAGGGGCGUGUGGUGGACUCGCCGCUUCGUGCGGGAGUACCUGCCGCCAGUCGGCCUGGAUAAUCCCUCUCUGCGACAGUUCCUGCUGCAGCACGGCUUGGCGUAGUAUGUAUUUAUCGCGGAUUGCUAAAACAGCUGCCUGCGUGUUUCAUUGUUGCUGUUGGGUUGAAGGAGGGUGGGGAAAGUCUGUCGGGUUUUUUUUUCUAUGUCUUGUCGUUUUUGGGCUGAUCGGGCAUGUGGUGGUGAUGAAUCUUUUCGUCUCUCUCUUGCUCGCGGAAAAUCUUGUGCAGCCUUUUGGUGGUGAUGCUUCUCGUUGGUCUGUUUGGCCCUAGUCCCUGGCCAUGUAAGUAUUUAAAUUUUUCGGCCCGCUUGGAGGAACAAGGUGCCUUUUUCCGAGAACGCAAUGGAUGAGUCUCCCACCCCAUGGCCCUGAAAGCCCCGUCUGGUACGUACUGCAUACGUUGUUUCAGCUCAUCUGGCAAUGCUGCUGUGGGUGUGUAUGCUGGCUGGCGGACGUGGGUUGUUUCGCCCCCCCCCCCUCGGGAAACAUUUUGCGGUAACCAUAGUGGUG